AAAAUGAGAGCUUCAUAGCGGAAGUUGAUAUCGCUAGUUUGACAGUGUGUCGCUUCGCUCUCCGGACUGCUCCUCACGGAAGACACACAACAUGGAAAUUACCAACUACAACGACCUGGAGGAUGAAUCUUUCCCUCCACUCCCACCGCCUCACUCCCCGGGUCAGGCAGGACAAGAAGACGGAGACCCUUUUGCAAAUGAUGACGGAGACGGCGAUGUGUCCAAGCUGGCUGACGUCCCCGCUGCUAAAAGGAAAGGAGUUAGGAGGCCACAACCCAAGCUGGACUCUCAGAGGCUGGCGUCAGACAGAGGACUUCCAGCUCUGCGAACACUGUUUGAUAAUGUCCGUUUCAAAGGCAAAGGACACGAGGCUGAGGACCUGCGGCUGCUGAUGCAGAAGAUGGAGAACUGGGCCCACAGGCUGUACCCAAAACUGCAGUUUGAAGAUUUUAUUGACAAAGUGGAGAAGCUCGGCAGCAAGAAGGAAGUGCAGACCUGUCUCAAACGGAUACGACUGGACAUGCCACUGACACACGAAGACUUUAUGGGCGGUGAAGAAGAAGCAGCUCCUGAAUCUCAUGUCUUUGAGGAUCCAGAUCCGUUCAAUAGAACAAGUUUUGAUUACCUGCAAGCAGCAGUCCACUCCACCCCGGCUCCAGCUGCACCUCCUACUCCCUUCGCAGCUUCCCCGCCUACUACCUCUGCAGUUUCUCCACCUGCUCCCUCUGUAGUUUCCCCCUCCCUGACCGAGGAGCAGCGUAGACGCAUGGAGCUGAACAGACAGCGAGCCCUGGAGAGGAGGCUCGCCCGCCAGCAGCAGACAACAGAUCCUUCAGACUCACAGCCUGUUGCCUCGUCCACAUCAGCAGACCAACCCACAGCUGACUCGUCUGCAAAUGUCCUCAACAACUCUCAACAAGACCCCGAUGAGGAGAUGGAGGGUUUAGACCUGGAGCCGGCCAGCAGCAGCACACAAAAACCCAGCCAGCUUCCACACACAGACUCUGAGCCCCCUGCUGAAUCUCCUCAGUGUGAGAAAGAGGGAGAAGAAACUGUCAGCCAGGCCCAUCAGCCCAGCAAUGAGUGUGAGGAUACAGAUUAAUGCUCAAGAGCAGCACACCCUCAGGUUAGGAGUAGAUAAGUGUACAGCCAGUUUUCUUUCUGGAAAUGAAUCCAACAGGUUCAAAAAUUGUGUUUGUUGUAGUCUGCAAAUUCAGUUUCCAUCUAAAAUAUAUGUAGAAAUGAGGCACUUAUUCCUGAACCUUUAAUAAGUGUUGUAUGUAAAUUGCCAUAUGAAACUUAAUGUCAGAAACAUGCCUGCGUGCAGUUAAGAGAGUUAAGAGUGCCUUGUUACUAUUCAUGUAGUAAUGUUGUCAGUGCAGCUUCAGAGAUCGCCGCAGUAACAUUACAACCUGUUGUCUUGUCUGAAAGUAAAAAAAAGCUGUUUCUCAAUUGUUUUUUCAUUGAAAGAUCGUUUUUUUAAAUGACAUAUAAUAACAAUAA